UUCUUCCUUUUCUCCCUCCCUCCCUUCCUACCCACCUCCCUCCCUUUCUUCCUUUCUUCUUUCCUGCCUUCCCUCCCAUUUUCCUCCCCUUCUUCCCCUUCUUCCUUCCCUUCCUUUCUUCCUUUCCUCUUUUCCUUCUUACUUCCCCCUUUUUUUCUUCCUCCCUCCUUUCCUCCCUCCCUCCCCUCCUUCCUUCCUUCCUUUCCCUCUUUGUCCCACAUUUCUCCUUCCCCUCUUCCCUUUCCUCCUUCUUUCCCUCUCUCCUUCUUUCCUCUCUGUGGCCCUUGGCUUGCCUAUGUGAAUUCUGUGGCCCAUGGACACUGAGCUGGAGGAGGCCGAGUGCUUCUCUGUUGCGCUUGCCCCUCACCCGGCCUUCUGCAGGAGGCAGCCAUGCUGGGGCCGCUAACACAGGGAUGCGGGCGGCUGGGAGCCUGAGAGCACUGUCUGAGCUGUCUCACUGCAUGUCCACCAAUUGGGUGACCAUGGGGCAUUGGCCCAGAGCCACCCUGUCACUGGUGGGGAAGCUGAGGCCCGGCACAGGGAAUGGCCUUGCCUGAGUGACAUUGGGAAUGGGUGGCAGGGCAGGAGCUAACUUUGUCCCUAGGCUGUCAGAGCUGACCCCUUGCCCUGACUCCGAUGGUGAAACUGAGCCACUCUGCCAGCAGUGUGGCUCUAGGUCAGAGGUAGAGGCUUUGUGGGGAUAGCCCCGGGCUCCUCAGCAGAAGACAGCAUGCAAUCCCUGCGUGGUGGAGGGAGGUGCACACACCUGCAGACCCCUGCCCCAUUCUAUCCCCUGCUCUGGGGCCAGAGCCCCUCCCCUGAGUCCUCGAGCCUGAUGAGGAUAGAGAGGGGAGGCUUCCUCGAGGAGAUGAUUCACGCAGGCUUGAUGUGAAGAGAGAGCAAAGCCCUGCAGAGAGGCUGGGGGCCCCAGAUAUAGAAAUGUGGGGGAGAUCAAAGGCUUUGAGUGGGGAGUGGGCCACACUGGAUGGGAAACACCUUGCAGGCCAGGACCCAGGAGUCAGGGCAGCUCCAGGGGGCGCCUUUUCAUGACCUCGUGUGGAUGCGCGUGUCUGCGUGGCAGGGGGGAUGUGGUGGGGGUGAGAGCAACUUGGAAAGCCUGCGUGGAUCAGACUGUCCAAGGGGCUGUGUGGUGUGGGGAGUCCUGAGUGUGUGUGAGAGUGAGUGUGUGUGGAUGGGGGCUGCUGGCAGUGUGUGGGAGAGAGUGCAUGUUAGGGGUGAGUGUGUCGCAGGAGUCUGUUGCAUCCUCCUUUCAUUCUCUCAGCAUUUACUGAGCACCGACUGUGUGUCAGGCUCUGUUCUAGGUGCUGGGAACACUGCAGUGGAGAAGGCAGUGGAAACCUCUGCCCUUGUAGAACUCACACAAACCAGACAAAUCCUGACAGUGAAGUAUCGAAUGGUGCUAAAGGCAGAGAAGGACUGAAAGCAGGGAGGGCUGUGGUGUGUGUGUGCAUGUGUGUGUGUAAGCCGGGAGGUGGGUGACAUGUUAAAUAAUGAGGUCAAGGAUUAUCUGGGCAGGAAAUAGUUGAGCAAAGAUUUAAAGGAGAGAAGAUGAUAUUUAGAAUAUAUAAAGAACUUCUAUAACUCAAAAACCACCCCCCGAACAACCCAACUAAAAAAUAGGCAAAGGACUUGUAUGUAUACAUUUCUCUAAAGAGGAUAUGCAGGCUGGGCGUGGUGGCUCACGCCUGUAAUCCCAGCACUUUGGGAGGCUGAGGCGGGUGGAUCACAUGAGAUCAGGAGUUUAAGACCAGCCUGGCCAACAUGGUGAAACCCCAUCUCUACAAAAAUACAAGAAUUAGCCCAGCAUGAUGGCCGGUGCCUGUAAUUCCAGCUACUUGGAAGGCUGAGGCCAAAGAAUCAUUUGAACCCAGGAGGCGGAGGUUGCAGUGAGCUGAGAUUGCGCCACUGCACUCCAGCCUGGGCAACAGAGCAAGACUCCAUCUCAAAAAAACAAAACAAAACAAAACAAAAAACCAAAGGAUAUACAGAUAACCAAUAAGCACAUGCAAAGAUGCUGAACAUCACUAAUCAUUACAGAAAUGCAAAUUAAAACCAUAAUGAGGUACCACCUCACACCCAUUAGAAUGGUUUUUAUAAAAAAACAGCAGAAAAUAACAAGUGUUGUUGAAGAUGUGGAGAAAUUAGAACCCUUGUGCACUGUUGAAAUUUGAAAGUAAAAUGGUGCAGCCACUGUGGAAAACACUAUAGCAGUUUCCCACAAAAUAGAAUGACCAGAUGACCAGCAAUUGUACUUCUGGGCAUGUACCUAAAAUACUUGAAAGCAGGGUUUGAACAGGUAUUUGCACACCCACGUUCACAGCAGCACUAUUCGCAGUAGCUAAAAGGUGGAAGCAACCCAAGUGUCCGUGGAGGGGUGAGUGAGUAAGCAAAUGUGGUCUAUCCACAAGGGAGUAUUACUCAGCCUGACAAAGCAAGGCCAUGCCGACACACGCAACAACGCGGGUGAACCUUGAGGAUGUUACACUAAGUGAAAUAAGCCAGUCACACACACACAAAAUACUGUAGAGUCCACUUAUCUAAGGGUCCUAGAGUAGUCAAAUUCAUACAGACAGAAAGUAAAUGGUAGGGGCUGGGGGAGGGGAGGUGGGGAGUUAUUGCUAAAGGGAAAAGGGAGAGAUGAAGUGUCUUAGGCUGGGCUCCCCCAGAAGUAAUCCCUGAGACAAGGACCAGAUCGAGGACUACCUGCAAGUAGUCUCCCUGGAAGGUGAUUCCAGGGAGCAUGGGAGAGGGGUGGGGUGGGGGGCCUGGGAAGGAAGAAAAUCCCCCCAAAGGGGUGCACGCAGAGCAGAUGACACUAUGAGCAAAGGGGUCUCAGCCCUGCUGGGAACCUCUGGGAGAUGGUGGUAUUGUCUCACUGAGGGAUAAGGAAGGCAGACUAUCUACAGACUCCCAUCUGUCACUGGCUGGGCAGGGCCCCUAGGUUGGCUGGAACAUUCCUAUGUGGCACCUAAGCAUCUGCUUCAGGAGGCUGUGUGGGCAUCUGAGGGAAGACGUCCUGGCAGAGGGCACAGAGGCCUGGUGAUGGGAGCAGAAAGUGCCAUGGAGAGGGACAGGUCCUGAGUCAGAGAGGUCAGGGAGGGCUGCAGCAUGCGCCCUGGGGAGAUGUUUUCUCAGUGCCACCCUGGCCGCUGUGUGGAGAAGAGACUGUGGGGGCCACAGGGGCAGCAGGGAGGCCAGUGAGGAGGGUCCAGGAGAGAGGAGAUGCACGCUUGGCCCAGGGUACUGGUGGGGGUGAUGGUCGUAAGUGGUCAGAUUCCAGGGCUGUUUUGAAAACAUCCUCAGCAACAUCACGGACAGAUUUCAAGGCCUUCUGGUUCAGUCCACUCCAGCCUCAGAUCUAAUUCAGGGGAAGGAGUCGUAAUCUGCUCUUUCACAGUUUACCGCCACUGCACUGAGAGGUGCACAGUCUGUCGGCUGGUGGGGCAGAUAAAGACGCCCUGCGCCCCGUUGCAGUGCACUUGGCCAAUGAGGGCAUCUUCAUGUGUGUGUGUGAUCUUGGCGGGCUCUGGCCAGCCUUCCUGGCCCAUGAGUGACUGAGGACCCACACAGAGGGGAGCAGAUCACAAUCAGGUUCCACCUCCAGCCUCCUCCGGGGUAGGGCACCACCUGAAGUGGCUGACACUCUCCUGGGCAGUCCCCAGUUCCCGCCUGUCUGGUGCACCUUGCUCCUGAAAACCAGGCCCAGAAGUGCUGAGCUCCCCUUCAGAAGUCUGCAUGGGACUGAGUAGUUUCAGCAUUUUCUUUCUGCAUAUGCCUACCCUGGGCUGGUGUCCUGAGCACAGAUUGCACCUGCUCUCAGUCAUCUCCAGCAAGGAGUGCCCUGCAUCCAAGUUCACAUGUGUCUUAGUCCUCAGGCAUACAUGUCCCACUCUCUCAAGAAUGCCUGCCCUUCUGGUUUCCAGGGUGGCCCGCAGUACUCCCAGGCCUUCCCCAAACAUACCCUCCUUCUUGCAGGCUUCCCUAGUCCCUGGGAGCUACUGUCCCACUUGGUUUGGCUUGGUGGUAGAAGGGAGCAUCUUGCAAUUCCCAGCCCCUAGUCUUCUUGCGUAGCUGGAAGGGGACGGGUUGGGGGGCCCCUUGGUGAGGGCAGGGAUGGAGCUGUUGUCUGAUGAGCCCUGGCAGGGGCAGCUUGGUUCCACUUGUUGCAGCUCAGCUCCACUUAGAAUGUGCCUCUGGCCCAGCCAUGGCCAUGUUGCUACCCUGGGGCCAUUUACCUCUCAUAUGUGGCUCUGCUGACCACGUGUUCCUGGGUUUGGGUCACUGGCUGUGGGUGCAGACAUCAGAGUGGAUGGGGUGGAGGCACCUAAAGGUGGGACUCAGCUGCAGAGGUGAGCCUUCUCCUUACUCAGCAUCCUCCCAUCCUGGCUGGGUGAAAUGUGCGUGUGUAUGUGUGCAUAGGUCCACAGUUGUGCAUGUAUGCCUGUGGAUCUGUGUCUGUAAGUGAAUGUGGGCUUGUGUUUGUAUGUGUGUUGUAUAUGUGUGUCUGUGUCUGUGAGUGUGUAGGUGCCCAUUUGUCUGUGCAUAUGUACAUGUGUGUUUGCCACUGUGUGUGCGUGAGUGUGUGUGCCUGUGUCUGAGUGCAUAUGUACUGGGGGGGCUCUGUUGAAUCAGCACCGGCGCUGGGCAGGUGGCACUGCUAGGCAGGCUGUGGCCUCCCUACAGUGGCAUAAACACUGGUCCCAGCUUCCCCCUCAAGCAGGGUGGUCCAGCCUAUGGCCCUGUGGCUGGUAGAGAGGGGUGGGAGGGGGCAGGGGGUUUGCCCUUGGGCCACCUUGAUACCCCUCAUGCCUCAAGUGCCCUGUCAUGUGCCCCAUAAGGCUGGGGUCUGUUCUGGGGUCUCUCUAUGCCUCACUUUCCUCCUCUGGCCUGGGGCCUGAUCUCUGAGGUCUCCUCAAGGUGGCAGGAGGAGCCACCACUACAUUCUCAGUCCAUGCUGAAUCAGAGGGUCAGUGGGGUAGUCCAGGGGCAGAGUUCAGCUUCAGCACCCCAGGCAGGGCCAGGCAGUCCCCUUGAAACUGCAAAACCUAACACAGAAGGUCCAGUGACAUUGCAGGAACAAGGUUCUGAUGGGCCCUUGACACUCACAGCUUUAGGGCAGAGUUUGGGGAUCUAGAACUUGAGCACAAGGGACAGAGGAUUAUCGGAGCUGGGCCCGCGAUGGUCCCAGAACAAACCGUCCCUCCGCUGCUCGGAUGUUCCUGCAUGGAUGCUCAUGGCUCUUGUUAGCCUGCCGCACCCUGCAUCUUCUCUUCCAGACAUCAUCCCCAGGGAUCCUGGGGUUACCACUGGGACAUGAAUGAGAUGGCAUGGAGUAGCGGUGCCAGGAAGGCCAGAAAUUCAGGCUGAGAUAGAAAGAAGUCAGGUGGGAUCUUGAAGAAGUCAGGCAUUGGAUGAAAAUUUUGCCAGGCCACAAGAAGGAAGGAAAUCAGUACAGCUGUGGGAAAGUGGACUGUAGUGCUCAAAGCACUCAGUGGCAGAGAGUCUUAUGGAAAGCUGAUGGAGGCCUUAAGAGAGGUCGGGGGUGACGGAAUGUAUGGAACAGGGGAGGAGGGGCCAAAAAAAGUCGGCAGCAGUGUGACAGGAGCUCCUUGUGUUGCAUAAGGGGGUGUUUGGGGUGUCCUCCGUGGUUGGUCCUGAGGCCAUGGGUAGUAGUGAGAGUUGUGGGGUCAGGGAGAGGGCGGGCCUGCCUGGGAACAGGGGAAAUGCUGAUCCAGUCACCUCAGAGCACAGCAGGAAAACCCGGAUCUUGAACCUGGUGACCCAGCACAGAAGUGGUUCCCUGGGGUUCUCCCAAGUUCCUUCCAACCAGCCCCAGUCCCUCCCUCACCCACUUUUGGGGGUUAUUUGUUCCCUGCCCUCCCAAAGCCACACAAUCCUGGUUUGCCCAAACGCUGACAGAGCACAACUGGAAUGUGGCAUGUGUGUGUGAGUGUGUGCACACGAUACUCCCCCAGGCCGGAUCACCCAGCGGGCCCCUCCAGUCUCAGCAGCCAGGGCCCGGGCCCUCUUGGACAGAGAAGGCCCUCGAAGGUCAGGUCUGGGCAGGGUUCCUGCCUGCACCCUCCUCUCCAACCUGCCUGAGGACUCCUGAGGUUCCACCAUUUUUUUCCAUUCUCCACCCCCACCUCUGGUCUAUGGGCUUGGGUACCUCACAUAUCUACCGAGGCCGUAGCCAUGGGGCACAUCAGAACCUUUCUGGAGGGCUAGUUGGGGUGGAAUGUGGCAGCUGGAAGACUCAGACUCCAGACUCCGCACUUCCAGGUACCCCUUGGGCAAGUUCAGGUCUUGGCAGCUUCCUGAUUUUUCUACUUUGGUCCAGCUGAACAUGAGUAUGCCCUUUUCCUUACCACACCUAUGCCCUGGGGCUGGAAGCCUUGGUCUUCCCUCCCCUCAACACCUCUGCCAUCAUACCCUGCUCCUGGUCUCCUUACCUCUCUCCCAUGGUAGGCUUGGAAGCAUUUAAAGGUGCUCUAGAAUGGCAUCGUCAGCUCCUGAGCUAACUGGGAGAGGUCGUGAGCCCUCUGUUCUGAGGAAUAUGCAAGCAGAGGGGAACCAAUCCGAGCCAGAAAGGCUGCAGAAGGGGCUCUUACCCUGGUGGAGAUUGGAAGCACUUGGGCAUUUCCAAGCCCUAAGGCCCAACUUAUCACAAUACCCAAGAAAGUUUUGAAAAAAUGUCCUAUCUUGUAUAUUUUCCAGAAGCCCAAUCUAUGCAUCUUCAAUGCCUGUCUUUCUUCCAAGAUUGCAUCCUGCCUACUUUCUUUUGCCUUGAGAAUAUCCUUCUGUUUACAGAAACAAUAACGACGGUAGCUGUUGUUUUCCAUAUCUCUACUUGGCAAAAUAAGAGCUUACCUUACAAGUCAGUUUUUAAGUUUUGAGGAAAUUUCACAGUUUGUUGUAGUCAGCAUUUCCCAAAACCCCUGGAUAGAGACCCUUGAAUGGAGCAGAUCUUUGCCAGGCCCAAGGCUCAUUUGAAUCAGCUUAUUCAUCCAUUCAUCCAUCCAUUCUCCCUCCCUCCCUCCCUCCGUCCCUCCCUCUCUCCCUCCCUCCAUCAUGUAAUUUUCAGAUCUUUGCCAGGCCCAAGGCUCAUUUGAAUCAGCUUAUUCAUCCAUUCAUCCAUCCAUUCUCCCUCCUUUCAUCCCUCCCUCCCUCCCUCCAUCCAUCCAUCAUGUAAUUUUCAGGUGCUAACUGUGACGACCUAUGAUAAGUAACAGAGGCCCAGCCUUGCCACUGGGAUGGAGUGGGGAAUGGGAACUUGGCAGGGAGGUGCUGAUGAGCCUGUGGGACAACCAGGUGCUGUGAGGUCAGGGCUAGGGGGUGGUGGGGCACAAGGGAGAAGAUGCCUCAGCUCUUUGUUGGAGUAUCUGGGAUCCUGAGAUUCUGAGUGUCCCCAAACCUCUGGAUGUCCAUACCUGUUUCCACGUCUGGGGCCUGCAGCUGGAGGUGGGGAAGCUCAUGGCAGUGACCUCUCAUCCAUAGCUGCAGCACAAAGUGUGGGAUGGUGGCUGCUGUGGCAGGAAGGCAAAUGUUCAAUGGCUUCUAGCCCUGGGAAAGAUGGAUGGAUCUUGAGGCUGAGGGAUGAGAGGGGAAGCAAGGUUUCCCUCUGUAUGGCCCAGGCUCAGUGGGGGGCCCUGGGCUGGGAGCUCUCAAGAGGGUGACAUGGCCGGAUCCCAAGCUCUAGGCUGGGACAGCUCUAUUGCUGGAAAGGGGCCUGCUCUGAGGGCUGACUCAGGCUCUGUGCAGUCCGUCUUCAAGAGGGGGCCUUUCUCAUAGUGAUGGAGUCCUUGGGGUGUUUCACAGAGUAGAGCUGGACGUAUGGGAGGGCUCUCGGCUCCCAGGCUUGCAGUGGACUCCAAGAACCCUCCAGGGCCACAUUACAGAGUCACCUCUACCCUCCUGGGCACUCGAGAAUGCUACCAUCAAGCCCCAGGCCUGAGUGGGCAUGCCCAGUGAUAGGGUGAGUGUGGGCAAGACAGCCUGAGUGCUGACAGGGACAUCCAGACUCAGUUUCCAGGCCCGCGGGUUGCCUGCCCCACUUGGACCCCUGCCCCAUUUGGACCCCUGCCCCAUUUUCUCCUGGGGCCAAAGUCCCUCCUCCAACCUCUUUUCCAGGGCAAGUCUGACCAAGCUGCUGCUUGCUUAAAUGCAACAGGGAUCUUAGCCCUUGCUAAGGAAGCUCUGCAUGGGCAGCUCUCAGAUGUAGGGGAGAAAUCUGUCUAGGGCCUCCCCGUUUCUCUGAAAUUGAGUCUCCAGAACUGUUUCUCCCCUGGCUGGCCCCUUGGUGGUUCACUAGGCUGACGCGGGCCCUGCUAUUUUGUAGGGAUGGGCCUUGCCCUCUGUAAGGCCACUGACUCAGUGAGGGCUCAGUUUGCCAGGGGCCUGAGCAGGGCAGGGACUUUGAUAAUUCUUCUAGCACCUGCUCCAGUGGGGGAGGCAGGGGUUGUGUUUGUGUUAUGAAGGGACCACUGUGGUCACCUGUGUGGAGGGUGGAACAGAGUGGGUGCAGAGAGGCGAGAAGACAGUGUUAUGGGAGGGUGACUGCGGCACUUAGGGGAGGAUAAGUUCAGGUGCAGACUGUUGGGGGAGAGCCCUGCAGGUCUCCCUGCGGUGCUACCCUAUCCAUCUCUGGCCUUAAUUUUCCUCCUGUGCCGGGCUGGAGGUGUUGGAGACUCUGGUGUUCUGAGCCCUAGAGAGGCCCCUUCUGGACUCUGAGCUUCGGGCUGGGGGUGGUUGGGGGAGGCGACAGCUGCUUUGAAAUGUGGAGAAUAAUAAAGCGAGGAAUGUCUGAGCUCAGGGGAAAAAAAAAACCCCGCUCGCCAGGCCUCCCACCCAGCCGAGCAUAAUGAAUUAAGUAUAGGCAGGCACGUUUCAUGUGGGGGUGUGGGUUGGGGGAAGCAAGAAGGCCCCAAAUGAGAAACAGGGUCCUGGGCAGGCUGCCGGGAGCUGGGGGUUCUGGGCAUCUGACCCGACCCCUGGGGAUGCCCUCACUCCCCAGAAGCUUCCCCUCCACCUUCCCUUGGUCUGCAUGGGUGAAUGGGUGAAAUGUGUCCCAACCCUAUGUUGACAUCUGACCUCAGGCUGCGCGCUGGUGCUAACCCUGUCCCCAAAAGGCCAGAAAUAGGAGAAGGUGUGGUUGACUCAGAGGGAUCAUCUCUUCAUUCUCACCCUUCUACAUGCAUUUAUUGAACACCGAUGGCAUGCCUUCUCCAUGCUGGAUGAUGGAGUCAACGCUGCCCCCUGUUGGACUGACUGAACCUGCAGUCCUGCCCAUCAGCCUCUGGGGAGCAAGCCCUGAGGCUUUGGAAUGCGUCCUGCUUCCAGUCUCCCAGCCCUCCACUUCCUCUGGCCAGUUCCUCACAUAUCCCCUCUGCUCCAUGUGAGGUCAUCCUCCCUUCCCACCCUUAUGUCCUUGGCACCAGCUCAGCCUCCCUGCCCCAGUCUCCCUGGGGCUUGGACAUCAGUGGCUUCCAGGCCCAUGCUUUCAGGUUGUUACUCAUGCUGUUUCCUUUUGCUUAUCUGCCUGGUGGACCUCAUUCAUUGAACGCCAAGACUGCUUUAUAAAAGACCACACCGGCCAGGCGCGGUGGCUCAUGCCUGUAAUCUCAGCACUUUGGGAGGCUGAGGCAGGCGGAUCACUUGAGGUCAGGAGUUCAAGACCAGCCUGGCCAACAAUGCGAAACCCUGUCUCUACUAAAAAUAGAAAAAUUAGCUGGACGUGGUGGUGCGUGCCUGUAAUCCCAGCUAUGCAGGAGGCUGAGGCAGGAGAAUUGCUUGAACCCCAGAGGCGGAUGUUCCGGUGAGCUGAGAUCAAGACAUUGCACUCCAGCCUAGGUGACAGGGUGAGUGAGACUCCAUCUCCAAAAAAAAAAAAAAAAAAAAAAAAAAAGACCUCUCCUUCCCAGAGUGGCCCAGGGAAUAGUAGGUAAGUAACUGAGCCAUCAGCGAAAGGGCAGAUUCUCAGCCAGGGAGCCGGAGAGUGGUGGAGGCAGGUAGUAGGGCUGUUCCUUGGGCUCUCCAGCAGGGAUUCUUGCCUCCCAGCCUCUGCCGGCUUGGGGCAAGACUCCCACUUUAUUUUUAAGAAGUCUGGCCUGGAACUUGGAGCUCCUUGAAAUAUUCUCCCCUACAGUCCCUUCUCUCCCCCACCCACUUUAAUGAAAACCAUUGUUUUUCAAGCACAUGUUAAUUAAAAAGCAAACAUGUUUUGCUAAGUAAUUUGGAAGCUCUGGUUCUGCAAACCAUAGCCAUUCCAGUUAAAUAACAUCCCUCACCCAGCUUGCCCCAGUGUUUUGGGAGCUGUAGACCCCCGUGGGUACUGCAGAUGCACUUCCCUUUACAGUUUAGGCACCCUGUGGUGGACUGGUCAGGAUAGGGUGUCGUCUCUAUCUCACAGGUGGGGACAUGGAGGACCCAAGCUCCUGGCAAGUUCAGCCCCACCAGCCCUCUGCAAUCCUGUGCUUUGGGCCCAGGGGAAAUAGCUGGUAAGGAGGGGUGAAAGACUCAUGUGCGCCAUCCUGCAGGCAAGGUCACUGUCUCAGAGCCAUGGCCCAGCUGUAGGGUGAAGGGAGGAGGAUGGGAGCAUGACAGCCCUGUGAGCCCAGGUGGGAAGGCUGGCAGGUGCUGCAUGGCCUGGGCUACCUCCCAUAGUUCCCAGUGCAGCUGGGUGACAUCUACCCGAAGCUGGGAUAGUAGGUCGCUGAGGCGAGUGCCCAAGGUGAGGACUGGCCUGAUGGGUGGAGGGAACCUUGGAUGCUCCGAAGCACCCACUCCAGCCCAGCUCCCCACCCAGUGUCUGGUGAUCAAUAUCACUACAGUGCCCAUAUCCCCACCUUGGCUCCGGUCCUUGGGAGUGCUGGGGUUCUGAGGCCCUUCACACAGGGCGGUACCCUCAGGGCCCAUCACAAGGUGCUGGGGCCGCUAAGGUUCAAGGUUCAGUGACCUCCAGCCUUCCUGUUCCCAGCCCCUGGCAGAGGGAAGGGGCAUCUCACCAAGAAGCCUUUUCAAGCCUUGCCACUGCCUCACAGCCUGCUGGUGGGCUCUCCCAACUAGGAUUCCGAGAGCAGGAGUGCUUCCCUUGGGUGUGCUUCCAGGUGUGAGCCUGUGUCCAGAUGUUUAUCGAGUGCCAGACAUGUUUCAGGUGCUGGGAAUACAGCAAUAAGCAAGACAGACAAAAAAACCUGCCCACAUAAAGUUUACAAGAGGAAGAAUUUAUGAAAGAGGAAGAUACCCAAUGUAUUAGGUCUGGUGAAUGAAGCCCUGAUUUGAGGACGCUAUGGACAAUGCGGGCUCCUCGAUGAAUUCCCAGAAGGCCCAUCCUGACCAGCUCCAGGCCAGGUACCACGCCUACAAGGUCAGGGGCAGCAUCGCACCGGCCUCAUAAGUGCCGACCCUAAAGCGGGAGUUCUCCAUCGGGCAGUUUCCUCAGAAGUACCCUAACCCCUUGGCCCUGGGCAGGGUUCUGGCUGGACAUAGUCUGGAGUGAGGAUCUGAGUGAAACCGCGAGGGCGACAUUUCCCAUUCAGACAAGGAGUCUAGCAGGACCGGGGUCCAACAAGUCGGCUCGGCCAUUUCCACCCCUCUAGGCACCGGCCCUGCCCCCUCGUCCCUCGCAGGCGCCCUGGUUCCAGCCAACCCCCGGCAGGGGCGCGAGCUGUCUGGAGAGGGGCAGCCGGUAUCCAUGACAUGUCCUCUGGCGGCGGCUCCCGGGGCGUCCUGGCGUGGCUUCUGCUCCUUCAGCCCUGGCCCGGGCAGAACUGGGCGGGCAUGGCGGCGCCACGCCUCCCGUCCCCUCUCCUCUCAGAGGAGGGCGGCGAGAACCCCGAAGCGAGCCCGGCUCCAGGACCUGAGGCGGGCCCCCCACUCAAUCUGUUUACGUCCUUUCCAGGUGACUCACUGCUGUGUGGCCGAACCCCUCUGAGAAUCGUGGGAGGAGUGGACGCGGAGGAAGGGAGGUGGCCCUGGCAGGUGAGCGUGAGGACCAAAGGCAGGCACAUCUGCGGCGGCACCCUGGUCGCCGCCACGUGGGUGCUGACGGCAGGCCACUGCAUUUCCAGCCGUUUCCAUUACAGUAUCAAGAUGGGAGAUCGGAGUGUCUAUAAUGAAAACACAAGUGUGGUGGUCCCAGUCCAAAGAGCUUUUGUCCAUCCUAAGUUCUCAACAGUUACAACCAUUCGAAAUGACCUUGCCCUUCUCCAGCUCCAACAUCCUGUGAAUUUUACCUCAAACAUCCAGCCUAUCUGCAUCCCUCAGGAGAAUUUCCAGGUGGAAGCUACGACCAGGUGCUGGGUGACCGGAUGGGGCAAAACACCAGAACGAGAGAAACUUGCAUCAGGAAUUCUUCAGGAGGUGGACCAAUACAUCAUGCGCUAUGAGGAAUGUAAUAAGAUAAUACAGAAGGCCUUGUCAUCUACUAAGGAUGUAAUAAUAAAAGGGAUGGUCUGCGGCUAUAAAGAACAAGGAAAGGAUUCUUGUCAGGGAGAUUCUGGGGGCCGCUUGGCCUGUGAAUAUAAUGACACAUGGGUCCAGGUAGGGAUUGUGAGCUGGGGCAUCGGCUGUGGUCGCUGAGGGUUGCCUGGAGUUUAUACAGAAAUUGGUGUCUACAGUAAGUGGCUGAUUGCAGUGGUGGAUCAGGCUACCUGUUUGUAUCCAGCAGUGUUCCUCAUCUUAGUCCUGCAUUUGGUGCUGCCCCUGGGCAUCCUGGUGGCCCAGUGAUCACCCCAGCCCACUCCCCUUUUGUUUCUGAGUCUCAUACUAGGCCUCUCCUCCAACCUCCCACUCCUUCUCAAUGCUGUUUCUGAAAAUCCCAGUUGGAAUCCACGGGCCCUCUGGAGAUCCAUACAAUAGAGCACAGCAGGGAGACUGGGGCCUGGAAAGUGCCCCUGCCUGGUGCUCUGGUCACAUGCCUCAGCCGUGCCUGCACCAAGGCUGUGCUCUGGCUAGUGGGAAGGAGAGGGUGAACUAAUUCCAGCUGGAGGACCAGCCUCCCUGCCAGGUGGGCCACAGUGACUCAUCAGUAUCUGGGGGAACAUCUAUCAAAGAAGAGACAUCAUCAACAGUGAAGCAAGUGUUAGAUGUGGUUCUGGUUUCAGGGCUCCCACCUAAGACUUUGUGAAACCAGCCAGCUGGGUGAUUGCUCAGCAUGAAGGAGGCGUUACCAGGUCCCUGUAGAGGUGUGAGGCCUGGGACUUCCACUCUAGGCUCAGUUGUCUGGGGCUGGGAGAAGUUCCCCUGCAGCCCAGUGUGGAUCCAUCUGUGAGUGGACAGCCUCUGCCACACUAACUCUCUUGGGGCAACCCAUUCUUGGCACCCCCUUCCUCGGUGCCCUAGUGGCCACUUUCAGGGACACUACAAGUUGUAUUGAGGCAGUUAUGGAGUGUGGAGUUUUCAGAAAUCAACUAAAUAAAUGUUUGGAGAGUCUCCUAUGUUCUCCAUGUCUACUGGCCUGGUUACUGGGGACACUGAAGAGAACUUACCUCACAUUAAGCUUAGGAAGAUGUUGAUGAUUCUUUUUAAACUAAAGAGUGAGAGAGGAAGUCUCUGCCUGCCCAGUUGUGAGUUGGAUGGAUGGUUUUAGACAGUUGGGUUUUGCUGCCUAUGCUCUCCAUGGCCAUCAGCAUUUCCGCAUGGAGCUUUGUAGCUGAGUUUGCUAGUCAUUGCAUCUGGAAAGGAGGAAGCGAGAGAAACUGGAAGCAAGAGAGUGGUCAGGGCAAUACACCCCAAACUGCAACCUCCAUUUUCUGCCUAUUUCUGCCCCUCCUUCUCCAAGCCUUGAGCACCAGAUCACUUUAAUCAGGCUCUAUGGAAAACACAGGGCUGAGGGUUAGGGAGAUGACAGGUUGGGGUGCUUACUGAUUCUGGCUCGUUUCCCUCAUUACCCUAUGGGUCCCAGGGUAGUUCUUUGAUACGAUGCAGAGCCCGUUAUUGCUUCCAGUUUCCUUCUUUGUUUAUGAAACAUUGAAGUUGCCUCCUUUUAGGAGAGGAUUAGUGUGUUUUGCCUAUGGAAAGAAGGUGCAUGUGAAUAUUUACUUGAAUAAAGAUUGGUAGAGGCUGGACAGUGGCUCACACCUGUAAUCCCAGCGCUUUGGGAGGCUGAGGAAGGCAGAUUUCUUGAGCCCAGGAGUUCGAGACCAGCCCAGACAACAUGGUGAAAUCCCAUCUUUUCACUAAAAAUACAAAAAUUAGCUGGGCAUGUCGGUGCGUGCCUGUAGUCCAAGCUACUCAGGAGGCUGAGGUGGGAGGAUUGCUUGAACCUGGGAGGUCGAGGUUGCAGUGAGCCGAGAUUGUGCUGCUGCAUGCCAGUCUGGGCAACAGAGUAAGACUCUGUUUAAAAAAAAAAAAGGUAGAGACUGGUGGAUAACUACUGUUCUGAUUACUAUCAGAUUAGAUUUGCGUGUUGUUGAACCUCAUAUAAAUGGAGCCAUAUAGCAAAUGCUCUUUUGUGUCUGGCUUCUUACCCUCCACAUAUUUUUUCCACACAUUGUUUUUGAGAUUCAUCCAUAUUGGACCUAGAAUUAACCGAUGCAGAUAACUAUUGGAUUUCAAUACCUACUAUAAAGGUAUGGUAAUUAAGACAGAGUUGUAUUGGCAUAAGGUGUUGUGCUGGAGCCCUGUUGAUUCUAAUAGGGAUGGCACUGUAUCCACAAGGCUGAAGCAAAGAGCUAGAGACAGUGAAUGAGACAUAGGGUUUAUUGGGGGACUUACAUACAGGGGUGGUCCAGUGGCAGCAGGCUGGACAGGAGAACUGCUACUGUUUGUAAGAAGCAUGCAUCUUCACCUAGCACCCACCACCUAGCAACCUCCAUCUAAUCCAAAACAAAGGUCCUUGAUCCCCCUAUAUGGCCUGUGUUCCAAGGGAUGGGCUGGAGGUUCAGAUGUCCUUCAUAGAUAAGGAGGAAAUCUCUAGGAUGGCCACUCCUGGAUUCCUUAGCUCAGGACUUUGAAUACACAUUCUUCUUAGAUGGUAGGGUCAUUCUCCAGGUAUGCUUAAGUUAAAUUAUUGCUUUCAGGUGCAUUUGCCAUACGUAUAUAUAUCAAUGAAACAGGAUAGAGAGUCCAGAAAUAGGCCCCCACCCAUAUGGCCAAUUGAUUUCAACAAAAGUGCUGAGGUAAUUAAUUGGGGGAAAGGGUAAGUCUAAUAAAUGGUGAUGGAAUGAUGCGAUAUUCCUAUGCAAAAAAGAAAAAAAAAAGAGCCUUGAUCCUUAUCUUGCAUUAUGUAGAAAAAUUAACUCAAAACAUAUUAUAGAACUAAAUUUAAAACCUGAAUUUAUAAAACUUCUCUAAGAAAGCUUGAAGAAAAAUCUUUCUGAUCUUUAGUAGGCAAAAAUUCUUUAAGAUUCAAAAAGUAUGUACCACAUAAGAAAAGAAUGAUAUAUUGGAUCUUAACAAAAUUAAAAUCUUCUGCUUUUUGAAAGACAGUAUUAAGAAAAUGAAAGUAAAAGCCACAGACUUGAGGAAAAUAGCAACAAUGUUCACUGUUAAAGAAAAAAUUAUUCAGUAAUAUUUAUUAAAGCACAGCAAGGAAGACUUUAUUGAAGACCAUUAAAACAGGUUUAGGGAUCACUGCAAUAGGGUCUCCCAGGAUGAGGAAGAGAGACUGGACUCAACUUUGAAUACAGCGUAGACAUGUGGGAAUUUAUAACCAAAGAGCAGUGAGGGGAUCAGUGGAUGGAAAAUUACUGAGAUGAAACAUCAGGGGUGUCUUAGUUCAUUUGUGUUGCUUUAACAGAAUACCACAGUCUGGGUAAUUUAUAAAAGAAGAUUUAUUUUUUACAGUUCUGGAGGCUGGAAAGUCCAAUCUUAAGGUGCUGGCAUCUUGUGAGGGCCUUCUUGCUGUGUCAUCCUGCGGCAGAAGGCAGAAGGGUGAGAGAGAGAGAGAAAGAGAGAGAGAGAGAGAGAGAGAUAACUUAUAACCUGAAGCCCUUUCAUAAUCAGCAUUAAUUCUGUUAUAAAAUUUGAUUAUAAUGUAUUAAUUGGUGGAGCCCUCAUGACCUAAACACUUCCCAUUAGGCCCAUCUCCAAACAUUUUUGCUUUAGGGAUAAAGUUUCCAACACAUGAACUUUGGGGGACACAGUGAAACCAUAGUAAGGGGUAAGGGGGAUCCUGGCUAAUCUGACCUAACAGGAUUCUUGCUUAAGAUAGACCAGAGUGAUCAGACAUCACCUGGGGGACAGGAGAGGAUGAGGAACCUGAUCAGAUAAUGAGGAUAAUCAGAUAUCAAGAAUGGGAGUUCUGGCUAAAUGGACUUAGCAGAAUUCUUUUGCUAAAAGUAGAUCUUAUGAGGAAGUGCACAGACAGACCAAGGAGAAGAUUUAGAAGCCUGACUAAAGUUUGGCCAGGCAAAUAACUUUUGUCACCAUUCAAAGACUUAUAUAUGAAUGUUUAUCGCAUCUGUAUUCAUAACAGCCAGGAUCUGGAAACAAUCCUAAUGUCAACAGUUGAGUGAUAAACAAUGAAAUAUUACUCAGCAAUAAAAUAAUAAACUUUUGUUUAUUUAAAAAUAAAUGAAAAGAAAAAGUAACAUUUAAAAAGUAAGAAAAAGAAUAAAAAUAAACUAUGAAUACACAAAAUAACAUGGAUGAAAUUUAAAAAACAUUAUGUUGAGUGAAAGAAAUUAGACUCCCUCAAUUUAGAUUGCAAGUAGUCUUCCAAGUUAGCAGAACAAUUGAGGACUUUCCUAUUGCAGGUUAGGGACUGUCCCUCACCACACAUUUGUCCUUGAUGACUUCUUUGGUGCAAGUGCUAUGUCUUCACUUAAUGACCUUUAAUGUUCCUCCUAUAGGUCAACAGCAUGAGCUUUAAAAGCUAGCUUUACUGGCCGGGAGCGGUGGCUCAUGCCUGUAAUCCCAGAACUUUGGGAGGCCGAGGCAGGCGGAUCACAAGGUCAGGAGAUUGAGAUCAUCCUGGCUAACACGGUGAAACCCUGUCUCUACUAAAAACACAAAAAUUAGCCAGGUGUGGUGGCUUGCAUCUGUAGUCCCAGCUACUCGGGAGGCUGAGGCAGGAGAAUCCCUUGAACCUGGGAGGUGGAGGUUGCAGUGAGCCGAGAUUGUGUCACUGCACUCCAGCCUGGGCGACGGAUCAAAACUCUGUCUCAAAAAAAAAAAAAAAAAAAAAAAAGCUAGCUUUACCUUUUACACACACAUAAAAAGCUAGCUUUACCUUUCACACAUGUUACUUUCCUGCAGGUCACCAGUUGCAAAACAGAAAUUUCAGACUACUAAACACUUGGGUCUUGAGUAGCUGGAGGAGUAAUGAAAAGGAAAGAACGAAGAUUCCGAAGUUACCCAACUUCUUUUCUUUCCUACAUUUCUAUGUGAUUGCCUUAUCUAAGAAAGUCAGAUGUCUCACAGCAAGGGGUACGGGAGGAGAAGGGAGUAGCCAAAGAGAUUCUGAGAUAACUUCAUCACCAGAUUGAUUAGGAAUUUAUCAAAAUCUGGGAUAACUCUAGACUUUGGUUAGGCAUUUUUUUAAAAACAAAAAGAGUGAUGUGGAAAUUUCAGAUCAAGAGACCUAGAAAUCAGUCCAAGCAUUAUUCUAUUACCUAUUUUUUAAAAGACACAAAAUGAUAUUGUAGGGCCAUUAAGGAAUAUUCACUAAAGAACUUGCUUUUCCACUACAAACAAUUAGAAAAAACUGGACAGAAUAAAAUAAAUAACUUCAGAUAUUAGGACAAUAGCCAGUAUAGGACUGUGAUCCUAGAGAGAAGGAAAACAAGUGAAGUGAAUUCUAUAAUUAUAUUGGCCUCCUUUGUGGAGGCAAUUUUCAGAUGGCACAGAGAGGGAAACCCAAAUAGGGCACUGAUAUCACUAAGUGAAGGAGACAGAGAUUGGAGUUCAGGAAGGCUAGGUAUCUGGAGUUUGCAGAUCAGAAUACUGUAGAGCAGAGGUUGGCAGACUAUGGUUGUGGACCAAUUCAAGACAUAGUCUUUUUUUUUUACAGGCCUAAGAUAAGAAUGAUUUAUACACUUUUAAAAGACUUGUUUUAAAAAAAAGAAUAUAGCAGAAACUAUGUGUGUCCUACAAAGCCUCAAAUAUUUACUAUCUAGCUAUAUAUAAAGUUUGCCAAACCCUGCUAUAUAGGAUGAAGAUACACAGAGAAAGUUCCAGAAAUCUGCAGAGCACUCCCUUUUAGUCUUUGGCUGAAUGUUAAUUUGCACAUGAAUAGGGUAAAUUUCCAGAUGACUAGGCAAAGAACAAAUGCUAGGGAGCCAUAAGCUGAGCAAUUAUCAGAACUUACACAGUACCAGGAGACAUUCAAGUUUCAUCCAACCAGAUAGGAGGGAUCUCACUGAAUACUUGGGUGAUCAGUAGAGAUCCUACAAGGUUCAUACCUUAAUAUCAAGGGUAAGGUAGCUGAUACGGUUUGGCUCUGUGUCUCCACCCAAAGCUCAUCUUGAAUUGUAAUCCCUGUGUGUCUAUGGUGGAACCUGGUAGGAGGUGAUUGGAUCAUGGUGGUGGUUUCCCCCAUGCUGUUCUCAUGACAGUGAGUGAGUUCUCAUGAGAUCUGAUGGCUUCAAAGUGUUUGGCAGCUCCCCAUUUGCUUGCUCUCUCUCUUGCCACCAUGUAAGCUGUGCAUUGCUUCUCCUUUGCCUCCCACCAUAAUUGUAAGUUUCUUGAGGCCUCCCCAGUCAUGUGAAAUUGUGAAUCAAUUAAACCUCUUUUGUUUGUAAAUUACCCAGUUUCAGCUAGUUCUUUUUAGCUGUGUGAAAAUGGACUAAUACAGAAAAUUGGUACUGGAAUAGUGGGGUACUGCUCUAAAGAUAACCUGAAAAUGUGGAAGCAACUUUGGAACUGGGUAAUGCACAGAGGUUGGAACAGUUUGGAGGGCUCAGAAGAAGACAGGAAGAUGUGGAAAAGUUUGGAACUUCCUAGAGACUUGUUGAAUGCUUUUGACCAAAAUGUUGAUAGUGAUAUGGACAGUGAGGUCCAGGCUGAAGUGGUCUCAGAUGGAGACGAGGAACUUAUUGGGAACUGGAGCAAAGGUCACACUUGCUAUGCUUUAGCAAAGAGACUGGUGGCAUUUUGUCCCUGUCCUAGAGAACUCUGGAACUUUGAACUUCAGAGAGAUGAUAUAGGGUGUCCGGUGGAAGAAAUUCCUAAGCAGCAAAGCAUUCAAGAGGUGACCUGGCUUUUUCUGAAAGUGUAGAGUCAGCUGUAUGCAUUCAUAGAGAGAUGAUCUGAAAUUAGUACUUACGUUUAGAAGGGAAGCAGAACAUAAAACUUUGGAAAAUUUGCAGCCUGACCAAUUGGCAGAAAAGAAAAACCCAUUUUCUGGGGAGAAAUUCAAGCCAGCUGCAGAAAUCCACAUAAGUAAGGAGGAUCCAAAUGGUAAUAGCCAAGAUAAUGGGGAAAAUGUCUCCAGGACAUGUCAGAGAUCUUCCUGGCAGCCCCUCCCAUCACAGGCCUGGAGGCCUAGGAGGGAAAAAUGGUUUUGUGGGCCAGGCCCACGACCCUGAUGCUCUGUGCAGCCUUGAGACAUGAUGCCUUGUGUCCCAGUUGCUGACACUCCAGCCAUGGCUAAAAUGGGCCAAGGUACAGCUGAGGCCAUUGCUUCAGAGAGUGCAAGCCCCAAGCCUUGGCAGCUUCCACACAGUGUUGGGCCUGUGGGUGUACAAAAGACAAGAGUUGAGGUUUGAGAACCUCCACCUAGAUUUCAGAGGAUGUAUGGCAAUGCUUGGAUGUCCAAGUGGAAGUCUCCUGCAGGGGCAGAGCCCUCAUGGAGAACCUCUGCUAGCGCAGUGCAAAAGGGAAAUGUGGGGUUGGAGCCCCCACGAAGAGUCCCCACUGGGGCACUGCCUAGUGGAUCUGUGAGAAGAGGGCCACUGUCCUCCAGACCCCAGAAUGGUAGAUCCACUGAGAGCUUGUACUGUGUACCUGGAAAAGCCAUAGGCACUUAAUGCCAGCCCAUGAAAGCAGCUGCGGGGGCUGUACCCUGCAGAUCCACAUGGUUGGAGCUGCCCAAGACUUUGGGAGCCUAUUCUGCAUCAGUGUGCCCUGGAUGUGAGACAUGAGUCAAAAAAGAUUAUUUUGGAGCCUUAAGAGUGCCCCGUUGGGUUUCAGACUUGCAUGGGGCCUGUAGGCCUUUUCUUUUGGUGAAUUUUUCCCGUUUGGAAUGGGAACAUUUACUCAAUGCCUGUACCCACAUUUUAUCUAGGAAGCAACUAACUUGUUUUUGAUUUUACAGGCUAAUAGAUGAAUGGGACUUGCCUUGUCUUAGAUGAGACUUUGGACUUGGACUUUUUGAGUUAAUGCUGCAAUGAAUUAAGACUUUGGGGGACUGUUGGGAAGGCAUAAUUUUUUUUUAUUAUUUUAUUUUAUUUUUUGGAGACACAGUCUCAUUCUGUUGCUUAGGCUGGAGUGCAGUGUCAUGAUCUUGGCUCACUGCAAGCUCCACCUCCUAGAUUCAAGUGCUUCUCAUGUCUCAGCUUCUCAAGUACAGUAGCUGGCAUUACAGGUGUGUGCCACCACACCCAGUUAAUUUUUGUAUUUUUAGUAGAGAUGAGGUUUCUCCAUGUUGGCCAGGCUGGUCUUGAACUCCUGGCCUCAAGCAAUCCACCCCCUUUAGCUUCCCAAAGUGCUGGGAUUACAGGUGUGAGCCACUGCACCUGGCUCAUGAUUGGUUUUUAAAUGUGAGAAGGACAUGAAAUUUGAGAGAGGCCAGGGGCAGAAUGAUAUGGUUUGGCUGUGUUCUCACCCAAAUCUCAUCUCAAAUUGUAAUCCCCAUGUGUCAAUGGAGGCAUCUGGUGGGAGGUGAUUGGAUCAUGGGGGUGGUUUCCCCCAUACUGUUCUUGUGAUAGUGAGUGAGUUCUCACAAGAUCUGAUGGUUUAAAAGUGUUUGACAGUUCCCCGCUCACUCACUUUCUCUCUUGUUGCCAUGUAAGCCAUGCCUUGCUUCCCCUUUUCCUUCUGCCAUGAUUGUAAGUUUCCUGAGUCUUCCCCAGACAUGUGGAAUGGUGAGUGAAUUAAACCUCUUUUGUUUAUAAAUUACCUGAUCUCAGGUAGUUCUUUGUAGCAGUGUGAAAAUGGACUAAUGCAGUAGUCUUAGCAUAAAGGCUGCUCUAGACUCAUCCUAACAGACUUCAGAAUCAACCUCAAAUGGAUCAAGAUGAAUUGCAAGUAACUUAGCUGUCUGCCAAAUUUCAACAUUUCUUAAAGAAAGACAAUGUAAUUGAAAUAGUCAACAAUGUAACAUUUAACAGUGGUCAGCAUUUAUUAAAAAUUAUAGAUAUGUGAGAAGGCAGGAAAUUGUGACCUGUAAUUGAGAGGAAAAUUAUUUAAUAGAAACAGGCACAGAAGUGACAGAGAUUAUGAAAUUUUAGACAAAUACUUUAAUAUAUCUAUUAUUAAUAUUAUAAAUUUGAUCAAGGAUUUAGAAGAAAACAUUAACACAAUUAGGAGAGACAUUCAAGAUGUAAAAAGAGCCAAAUGGGACCAUUUGAGCUGAAAAAUACAACGUCUGAAAUGAAAAAUUAACUGGAUGGUUUUAGCCAUAGAUUACACUGCAGAAGAAAAUAUUAAUGAAAUUGGAGGCAUAGCAAUGGAAACUAUCCAAACUGAAGUACAGACCAAAAAAUUUGAAAAAAAUUAAGUAUGAUAAUUUCACCUGGGGGUCUAUAGCAAGUAGUGUGACAUGUGAAAAACUAGAGUACAGAAUGACAGAAGAAAAUAGUAGGAGCCAAAAAUAUAUAUUUGAAGAAAUAAUAGCUAAAAAUUUUCAAAUUUGAUAAAAGCUAAAAGCCACAGAUUCUAGAAGCACAGUGAAUCUCAAGCAAGGUAAACACAAAGCCACACUACAGAACAUAAUAAUUGAAUUGCUAUUUAAAACUCAGUAGUAGAGUUUAAAAGCAGCUGGAAAAAAGGACAUAGACAGAGAAACAAAAAUAAGAAUGAUUACAGACUUCUCUCCAGAAACAAUGCAGGUCAGAAGACAGUAGAGUAUCAUCAAAUGCUGAAAGGAAAAAAAGUGAAUGUAGAAUUCCAUUAUUAAGUAAAAGUAUCUUUCAAAAUUGAAAGUGAAAUAAAAACUUUUAUAAACAAAAGCUGAGUGAAUACCUUCCUGGACUUCAUGCAAUGUUAAGGAAGUUCUUCAGGGUGAACAGAAAUGAUACCAGGUGGAAAUUUGUGUCUGUACAAAGAAAUGAAGUGGACCAGAAAUGAUAGCUUUGUUAGUAAAUAUUAAAGCCUUUGUUUUAAAAUUUCUUUUUUAUUAUUUUUUGAGAUUGUCUUGCUCUGUUGCUCAGGCUGGAGUGCAGUGGCAUGAUUAUGGCUCACUGCAGCCUCGACCUCCCCAGGCUCAGGUGAUCCUCCCACCUCAGCCUCCCACAUAGCUGGAACUACAGGCACACACCACCAUGCCCAUCUAAUUUGUUUAAAAAAUUCUUUAGGCCGGGUGCGUUGGCUCACGCCUGUAAUCCCAGCACUUUGGGAGGCCAAGGUGGGUGGAUCACGAGGUCAGGAGAUCGAGACCAUGGUGAAACCCUGUCUCUACUAAAAAUACAAAAAAUUAGCUGGGCGUAGUGGCGGGCGCCUGUAGUCCCAGCUACUUGGUAGGCUGAGGCAGGAGAAUGGCGUGAACCCCGGAGGCGGAGCUUGCAGUGAGCCGAGAUUGCGCCACUGCACUCCAGCCUGGGCGACAGAGCAAGACUCUGUCUCAAAAAAAAAAAAAUUCUUUAGAAAAUUACAUCAAAUGCGAAGUGGUAUAAUAUUGUUUAGCCCGUUUUCAUGUUGCUGAUAAAGACAUACCCGAGAUUGGGCAAUUUACAAAAGAAAGACGUUUAAUUGGACUUACAGUUCCAUGUGGCUGGGGAAGCCUCACAAUCAUGGCAGAAGGCAAGGAGGAGCAAUUCAUAUCUUACAUGGAUGGCAGAAGGCAAAGAGAGAGUUUGUGCAGAGAAACUCCAAUUUUUAAAAACCAUCGGAUCUCAUGAGACCCAUUCACUAUCACGAGAACAGCACAGGAAAGAUCCACCAUAUGAUUCAAUCAUCUCCCAUCGGGUCUCUCCCACAACACGUGGAAAUUAUGGGAGCUACAAGAUGAGAUUUGGGUGGGGACACAGAGCCAAGUCAUAUCAAUAUUUGAAGGUAAGCUGUAAUAAUUUAAAGACAUACUGAAAACACUCAAGCAACCACUAAAAAAUAAAAUAGA